AUGGUUUUGCCACAGGCCAAAAAUGCACAAGAAAGUGUUGUAGUACACUUCGCUUUCAAUCAAGCUGCAGUUGCCAUGGGCGGAAGACACAAAAAGGGGACGAGGAAAGAUGAAUAUCAAAAGCUGAAGCGGCGCCGGGAAGAGCAGUUGCUAUUCUUUCGACAGCACGCGGCUGCGUGGAAGGCCUUAGCGUUGUCCUUCGUACAAGAAAGUGAUCAGGAGCUUCUGAUGGAGCUUGUCGAUGAGGAUUCUUUGGCCGAGACUCUGAAGACUCUCCGGUAUGUUGGUGAUCAAGUCUUAGAAAGCAAGAACGGCUACGACGCGCUUCACCAGCGUGUCUUGCUUGCGCACGGGCUAGCCACUGCUGGCUCUGCAGUCUUGUGUGACCAGGGGUGA